GACGUUCAGUUUUUCAUUGUUUAUUUCUCUCGACAAACUGCAAAUAAGUUCCUUCCAUCCGUACAUCGUCGGUUGUGUCUUUACUGUAGACCUGCCAAGAUGUUGAUGCCAAAAGCCAAUCGAGUUGCAAUAUAUGAACACCUCUUUAAAGAGGGUGUUAUGGUAGCUGAGAGAGAUUUGUUUAUGCCCAAGCAUCCUGAAUUGGAAAAGAUCCCUAACCUUCAUGUCAUCAAAGCCCUACAGAGCUUGAAGUCACGUGGUUAUGUAGAACAGAAUUUUGCCUGGCGCCACUAUUACUGGAGACUUACUAAUGAAGGGAUUCAGUACUUGAGAGAUUUCCUACAUCUCCCAGCUGAGAUUGUUCCAGCUACUCUCAAGAAGCCUGCACGCUUGGAAGGCAGACCAAGGCCUAUUCAGUCUCGCCCAGAAGGACCUCGUGGGGAAGGUUCACGUGACGCCUACAGGCGUGCACCCAUGGGGGUUGAUAAGACUGGUGAUGCUGGUGCAGGCUCUGCCGCUAUGGAAUUCAGCGGCAGCAGCAGUUUUGGCCGUGGCGGUGGCUUUGGACGUGGUAGCCGAAGACCUCAAUAAAUUAAUGAGAGAGUAA